AUGGGUGUCAAGACCUUCAUUGUAAAGAUUGGCAACUACGUUGCGCCGCCCCCAGCCAAGUCUGAUGAUGGUCGAGAUCAGUGGCCUUCGAGGACAGCCUUUCUACUAGCUGCUAUGGGUGGCUGUGCCGGGCAAGGCAACCUCUUGCGCUAUCCUUCGGUACUAUACAACAAUCACGGUCUACAAUGGUUCAUUCCGUAUCUAUUGGCCGUGUUCCUCAUUGCCAUCCCCUCUCUCAUAUUAGAAGUCUCGAUAGGCCAAGCAUAUAGAGGUGGCACUGUGAUUGCAUUCAACAAUGUAAAUAGAAGGCUGAAAGGCGUUGGCCUUGGGCCUGUCAUCGUCAGUUUUCUCGUAGUCCAAUACUUCACAGUCAACUUGGCUUGGAUAGCAAGCUAUUUCAGGCACAGUUUUACCAGUCCACUGCCCUGGGCUGGUCGAAUUGAAGAUUUUUACUGGAACGAUGUUCUCAGAGUUGGCAACAUCACUGAAGGCGCAUUGUCCCCUGGUGGGAAUUCCGUUUUAUCAUUUACUGGAUAUCCCGCCAGAAGCCUUAUCGGAGAGACUGUUGGGUGGAGCAUUUUCGUGUGGUUUCUUAUCUGGUUCUCCAUUUUCCGUGGAGUCGGCACCACUGGACGCGUCGUCUACUUCACGAUGGGCUUGCCUAUUGUCACCACAAUCAUAUUUGUUGGUCGAGCAUUGUCCCUUGAAAAUGCAAGCGAAGGCGUGGCUUUGGUAUGGCGGACCUGGCGUAGCGAUCAACUUGCCUCGGGAACCGUCUGGCAGACUGCUGUUGGCCAGGUCUUCUUCUCGACUGGUAUCGGCUUCGGCUACUUCACAACCUAUGCGAGUUACAACCAGAAGCACGCAAACGCAGUUAUGGAUGCUGUCCUUAUCUGUGGCAGCAACGUCAUCUUCGAGAACUUUGCAGCGUUUGCCGUUUUUGGCGUUGUGGGAUAUCUUCGCAGAUGGCCUGCUCCCGACGUUCGUCUUGGGGCAUUUGUUGUUGGAUUCAUCACCUUGCCGGAAGCCGUACUGCAGAUGCCGGCCGCCAACUUCUGGGCUGUGCUGCUAUUCUUCACCCUCAUUGUUCUCGGCUUUAGCUCUGCAUUCGUCAUGCUGGACGUUGUCGUCACUCUCAUCUGCGAUUCCGGCAUGACCAAAGCUUCGCGACCCAAAGUGGUCACAGCCCUCACGAUAUUCUCUUUCUUGCUUUGUCUUCCGUAUUGCACGGAGUUUGGUUACUACCUAUUGGAUGGAGUUGACCGUUGGGUCAACAACGUGGCUCUGAUCUUCGUUGUCUGGAGCGAAGUUUCCAGCGCUACUACCGUGUAUCGAUGGACAGAUAUUAUCGACCAAACCGGGCUCAGUUCGUUCGUCGUGUACAACACAGGAUUCUUCGGUGGCCAAAUGCUUGGUAUUAGCCUGGCACACGGUAUCAGCAGCCCUGGAAUUGGUGCAGGCGCAGGCAUCGGGUUUUACAUACUGUGUUCUAUCGUUGCUACAAUAAUCGCACGAACGCCCGAAGCGCCUGCAGCUCGUUUUUGGAAUCAUACCGCCGUAGCACGUAGGUUUUGGUUCCUUGCAUUUUAUUCGGGUAAUCAACUCCGUCGCGAUCUCAACGUCAUUGUGGGCCAAGGAAAGAAUUGGAAGAUCCCUGCGUUCCUACCUGUGCUCCUACGAUACCUGAGCGGCCCUGUGCUUGCCAUUAUCUUCUCCUUUGCCUUCCCUGAGUUCCACACGCUAAGAUUCGACCCCAUGAUGAUUACUGGGUUCAUCUUGUCGAUCCUCACCAUGAUUUUCAUCAUUCUAGGUUUUGUCAUGCCGAGAUACUAUGAUGCUUUCAUUCCCAUCGGACGAAGGGACGAGGGUACUGAGCCCACGGUCGCGACUGAGACAAAGGGCGAGCUUGCUGGCAAACCUAUACGUGAUGUGGUCAACGCUGAGGGUGGCCUUGCAGCAGUGGACCGAUCCGCGUCAGACCAGCACAGCUUGGAUGAGGGCAAGGACUAUCAGGCACCACUCCUCUUGAGGCUGGCGCCUUUGGAUUACAUCGAUAAGUCCUCAUACUAUGCCCACGGUCAUCGGCCCUAUCAAAGCGUAAAAGGUAGCCAGGUCUGGUGGAAGCGAGAAGCUUAUUUUGACAGAGGCCUUCCGCAUGGGUACAAAACCGUCCACUGGCAACGCACGGUACUAGCGAUCAACACUGUGAAGCUAGAAAUCGAGUCACUCUUGCGUCGUGCAAGCUUGUCUGGUACAUUGCGCAUGCUGCCAGCAGGCAAGUAUUUGAUGACAGAAAAAUCAGAUUGCGCUGCUUGUGCGGACAAACGCAAACGCGACGACCCACAGAAAAUUGGGCGAUGCGCCAAAUGUGCGCCGCCACUGGAGUGA